GGUAUCAGACACCAGUUUCAUUUAUUUCUCUAAUCUCUGUAUUCAUACCUACGUCCUGAAUCUUAUUUUCGGUAAUGACAUUAGGAAAUUGUAACAAAAUGUCAAAUGUAAAUAGUAUUAAAGAGUUGAUUUCAUUUUAGUCAUAAUGCAUAGCACAGAAAAUGUUGAUAUACCGUCGGUGACCUGGAAAUUUCUCCUAUCUGCAUUUUUUUAUGAAAAUGGGUUAUUGAUGAUUCGGAAUAUUCUUAUUUCAACGAUUUGACUGUAGAAGUCCUAUGAACGAGAAAAAUUUGUAAAUAUAUAAAAACGCCACUUGCAAUUUCUCUUACCUAAAUUCACGCGGUAAACUACAUGCAACAUGUCCUAUCUUGUCAGUUUGUAUAGUGUAAUCAUAGGGUGUUGUCGCUGUUAGACUGCGAAUUGUUUAUCAACGAAAUACGAUAUUUAUGAUAGGAGAAUUUGCAAGUAGGCAACAGAUCGCGAUUAACUGAUAGGAGAAUUUGUGUGUCAAUAAACCGUAUAGUAAUCAUGUCGAAGAGAACUUUGCGUAUGCUUACAAUGGCUAACGAAAACUUGGUUAUAAAUAGAAGCGACGAAAUAGGCACUCUACUAGUAAACUCCGGUGACAUCGACGAAUGGGAAAACCUAAAUGUAGACAAUACGCCUAUAGUUAUGGUAUUAGACGAACCUCAGCCUGAAGACAAUCAAACGUUUACUACGCUUACAACAUUGCAAAAUUCUACGGAGCUGGAAGACUUUAACUUAACUGAUUGCUUAAGUGACUUUAACGAAAUAGACUCUUUAGCGGAUAAUGAUAUUUGUAUUAUGCCAAGUGAUAGUUUAUCUAACGAAAUGCAUUUUUUAAAUAACAACAGUUCUGCUGACAAUAACUCUGUAAACCUCGCGUUAAAUAAUUCAACAAAUAAACAAGUACUGUUGCCAAUUGAACAAAAUGAAAGGGUUGUAUCUCUUGUGCCAUAUGAAUGUUCUAGUGACGAAGACGAAACUUAUGAAGCUACAAAUACCAGUGAUGUUCAAGAAAGUUCUCAUACUGGUAUAAACAAUAAUAUUGAAAGAAAUCUGGUGAACACAAACAGUGAUGUUGAAGUUAUCAUGAAGAGCAAAAGGAAGCUGGGUCAAAAUAAAAAUGAAUGGAAGAGAUAUAAAAACAAAAAACUCCGAAUGAAAGGUGAAGUAUACAUGGGGUUUAGUAAAAAAUCCGGGAAGAUUAAGCAAAGCAUGCCAAGAAAAGCAAAAUCUUUAAAAGAGGCGUGUACUUCAAAAAAAUGUCGAAACUCCAAACUAAGAUAUUGCAAAGAAUUUACGGAACAGUGCAGAAGUCAUAUCUUUAAGAAAUUUUGGGGUAUGACUUGGGAUCAACGUAAGGUCUUUGUAGCAUCUCAUGUAUUUAAAACUCCAACAUUUAAAUCAAACAAAGAAAAUUCAAGAAGACAAGGUACGUACACUUACUAUUUACAUGACGGAAAUGAAAACUUACAAGUAUGUCGUACCAUGUUCACAAACACAUUAGAUAUAGGUUAUAAAACUAUUCACUAUUGGGUGGACGGUUCUUGCAGUAUUGGGUUCUUGCGGUAUGACUGACGAAUCAUCAUGUGUUUCUACCAAGAAAAUGGUACAGAAUAGGUAUACAGAAAGUCAUAAAUACUUGGAACAAUUUUUUGAGAGUUUACCUAAACUUCCCUCACACUAUUGCCGUAGCGAAACACAAAAAUUAUAUUUAGAAUAUUCUUUUACCAGUAUGUCAGAUUUGUAUGGUGUUUAUGUGGAUAGUUUUUGUCAAGAAAAGAAUAUAACUCCUUUAGGUCGAAACGUAUUCUCACAACGAUUUAAGGAGAAUAAUUUUGUUUUAUAUACACCAAAAAAGACCAAUGCAAUAUUUGUUUUGCAUUUAAAUACAAGAAUACGACUGAAGAAGAAUACGGAGCUCAUAUAAAAAUAAAAGAAGACGCCAGAGAAGCUAAAACUUUGGAUAAAGCCACAAGUGAAAGAGAUGAAAUAAUAGCACUAACAAUGGAUCUACAAGCCGUAAAGUUGUGCCCAUAUGUACCAGCGAACAAAAUGUACUUUAAAACGAAAUUGUCCUGCCAUAACUUCACAGUUUAUAACCUAAAAACUCGGGAUGUUAUGUGCUAUUGGUUUUCAGAAAACGAGAAUAACCAGCUCAAAGCAUCCACAUUUGUUUCUUGUAUCAUAGAUUAUUUAGAGGAAAACUGUGUUACCGAUUCCAAAACGCCAGUCGUUAUUUAUUCUGAUGGAUGCGGUUAUCAAAAUCGCAAUAAUGUCCUGGCCAACGCUUUACCAUCAAGCAUAAUGUGUUAGUGUUCCAAAAAUAUCUUGAACCGGGCCAUUCUCAAAUGGAAUGUGACUCGGUACAUAGUACGAUAGAAAGAAGUCUUAAAAAUAAGGAAAUCCAUCUACCCACUGACUACGCUACUAUUACACUUCAAGCAAGGAAAGGAACUAAGCCAUAUAGAGUAAAAAGAUUAGAACAUACGUUUUUUAAAGACUAUUCAUCCUCCAACCACAUGCGAUAUUCCUCAAUCCGACCUGGAAGAAAAGCUUAUGACCCAACCAUUAAUGUAAUGUAUCAAAUACAAUCCAGCUGGGACCAUAGAAAUAAAAACUGAUCAUAAAGGAGAAUACCUACAAGUCCCUAUCAGACCAAAGACUAUACCAACAAUUUUGGACUAUCCACCUUUAUUUCUAUCGCCUCCUAAAAUAAAAACGGAGAAAUGGCAACAUUUACAAGAUCUAAAAUCGACAUUACCGAAAGAUACGCAUUUAUUUUAUGAUGGCCUUUUACACGGAUAGAU